AAAUCCUAAUCCCAAAAGGCCAAAACCAAACCAAACAAUUCCCUUUCUUCUCCUUCCCUUUCUCUUCUCCGUCUCCUUCACGACUGUCUUCUUCGAUUCCCCGAUCGUAGGUUUCCUCGCAGGAAGUUGCUCUUCGAUAGGAAGGACGGAAGGAAGCAAGCGAAGCUAGCAAACCUGGAAGCCAUGUCCUGCCUCUCCAAGCCGCCGCAAUCCGACGACGAUCAUCCUUCUUCGGAAUCGGAGUCGGAGCUGCAACCGCUGGCUGAAAGCGUUUCAUCCGUCGGAGUUACUGCCGUCCCGGUCGUCAUCGGUCGUCAGUUGAGCGGCGGUGCUGAGGAUUCUCUUGCUCCACCGCUGCUGCCGCCGCAAUCGCCGACUACCGUGGCGGAAUCUUCUCCUUCGCCGCCUGCUCCGCAGGGUUUGGCCGGGGUGCGCAAGGAUCUCGCCGAGAUUAAGGGGAGCUUGAAGGCUGGUUUGUCGCUGCUCUCGCGUACCGGGAUUUCGAAAUUGACCGCCAAUUUGUUCCAUGAGAGGAUAGACGAAGAGGAAGAGGAGGAGGAAGGCGAUGAUGAGGAAGAAGAUUACGUGCCUGGGAUUACUGAUGAGGUUGUUGAGUUCGCUAAUCAGAUUUCUGCAAGGUCCGCUUGCUGGACCGACUUUCCAUUGGCCCUCGAUGCUGACUUCAAAUUCUCUGAUGCUCAGAGGGAGCAUGCUGCAACUAUUGAGUACAUGGUUCCGAGUUUGAGAGCUCUGAGAGUUAGCCUCCAUGGUUUCAUGAGGUCUGAGCAGUUCUGGAUGGUGUAUUUCAUUCUGCUGCUUCCAAGGCUGGACGAGUAUGAUAGGGAGCUUCUGUCUUCUCCCCAGGUAGUCAACACCCGAAACAGACUUCUCCAGAAGCUGCAAGCCAGCAAGAACGAGCAGGCCGAAACCUCUGAAAUUGCUUCUCAAGAUAGCAGCAGCACCAGAGACGAACAAAACCCCGAGCCACGCCCACAGCCUUCGGAAUCUGGCAUCAGCGCGAGUACCACCACCACCUCCAGGAGCCGCAAGAAGAAGCACGCAGAUGAAAUCUCAUACUUCUCGUUCAGCGACCUGGACGACGACGACAGCGUCCGUUCGGCCAGGCUUUCAUCCUGCAGCCGAUCCCGGGGGCUGAGGGAUCCUUCGCCCGGAGGAUCGUCGACCGAAUGGGUCCAGCUGAACCGUGGCUACGACUCUCGCGGCGGAUCUGUCAGGUCGAGGCAAUCGAUCUCUCGCGAGAAAGACUCGGAUGCCGAUUCCACGGCCAGCGAGUGGCUGAAAGUUUACGAGUCUGAUUAAAAAGAAAUGGCUGCCCUUUUGCUUCAAAAAAAUUGUCAAUAUUUUAAUUACUGUAAAUCUGUUCGAUUUGUUUUCCUUCGUUUUUCUUCUGGUUCUUUUUGCAGUCUCUUUCUGCAUGUCUUUGUAAAUUAUGGAGUCACGAAACACCCACUUCUUUGUUUCUUGGGUAAAUUGCUUGUCACUGAGAUUACUAAAAACGUUUAUGUUUGGUCACUAAAACU